AUGUGAUACAAAGUACAAAGAUGGAAUAGAUCCAGGGAAGGUAGCCAUUACAAAGGGAGGCAACCUCAGGUGUAGACAGGUGUAUCAUGGGACGAUCAAAAGAUGGGACCAUUGGAAAGGGGAUGCUCUUGGGAAGCUAACAGAUUUUGUAAAAGAAUGUCUUAGAGUAGCAGACUUAAACCAGAUGAGCUCUAUUGCCUUCCCAGCCCUAGGUACAGGCAGACUGGGCUAUCCUCCAGAACUAGCUGCCAAGACAAUGUUCAGAUGUUGUAGAGAAUUCCACAGUAGAAAUAGAGACACCAGUCUAAAGGAAAUAUUAUUUGUGAUUUUCUACAAAGACGCAGACAUUCUUGAGGCAUUCAAAAAAGAAAGUGAAAGUGGGGGUGCAGAGACAGGACGUCCUGAAUACAACAGACACAGGAGAGAGAGAAUACCAUCCUCAGAUACAGCGAGUGGUGAUGGAAGGAGGAAAAUAAAUAAACUGAACGUAGAGGUCAGACAAGGGGACAUAACUAAGGAGAGAACUGACGCCAUUGUCAACAGUAUAACGGGAAGUCUGGAUUUAACUAAAGGUGCUGCCUCUAAAGCCAUUCUAAAUGCAGCUGGAGACAGAAUACUGACUGAAUGUAACAGGGGAGCCCAGUCUUUCUCAUCAGAAGGCUAUGUUGUUACAUCAGGAGGGAGGAUGGCUUGUAAGUACAUCAUUCAUGUGAAGGCUCAAAGAUCAGCUGAGGAAUGGGAGCGAAUGGUGGCCAAGGCACUGGCUCAUGCUGAUAAGACAGGGUGUAGGUCCAUAUCCUUCCCAGCCCUAGGAACAGGAGUGAGAAACAGUGAUCCUGCAGAUAUUGCCAAACACAUGUUUAAAGCCAUGAGGAAGUUUUCACCGGAGAAUCUGGAGACAGUGCGGGUGAUUGUAUUCCAGAGAGACAUGGUGUCAGUAUUCCAGUCCUCUCUGGAUAACCUACCCCAAGGGCGUUUCACACAGUUGAAGGAUUUUGUCACUGAAAAAAUCAAAGAUGUCAUUGGGUCAGAUGAGGAAGAAGAUGAUAAUAAUACAAGCAGACCAUGGCGUGGACAUAACAAUCAUGGCCAUGGAUAUAGAGGUCAAGGACAUGGUCAAGGUCACAAUGAUGAAAGGAUAACUUUCCUGAUUCUCUCUAACUCUAAAGAAAACAUCAAUAAAGCCAAAAUUAACUUGGAAAGAAUACUUAAGAGUGAAUUUGAAAGGAAAGAAAUUGAUGUGUCAAAAUACACAUUUAGUAAUAGCCAGAUUGACGAAAUUAAAAGACUCGCAAAAGACACUAAAAUCAUAGUCAAAGAAGGAAAAAUUGAACUGCAGGGAACAACAGCAAAUGUAAAUGAAGCAGCUGUAGCUAUUUAUCAAUAUCUACAUGAGGUUAAGGACAAAGAGAGUGCUAAAACAGUCCAGAAAUAUGUCAAAUGGCAGUACGAAUCCGCACCUGAUAAAUGGUACACAUUUAGGGACGACGUCAAUUUACAGAUAGAGAAUGCGCAUCAGGCCAGAAAGGAUUCCUGUACCGUUAAAGACAACACUGGAACUGAAUAUGUUAUUGACUUUAAAAAGAUGGAGGAGCAUGAGAAAAACAAUUCUAGGAAGAAGUACAAGAUCAAACGAGUAGAUAAGGGUGCUUCCUCUGUUGGACUGCCAGCCAAAUGGGUUCCUAUGAAGAAUCACCAGACUAUGGUUGAGAUCACCUUAAAACCUGGGGACAACGAGUACCAGCUAGUCAUGUCAAAGUUCAAGGCCUCUAGUCAAGGAGCUGUCUCAGUGUCUGAGAAAUUAUACAGGAAGUUGAAGACUCAGUUAUCAGCUUCAUACGAGAUGUCAGACAUUGUAGAGAUACGAAGAGUGCAAAACCCAUAUCUGUAUCAACAAUACGCUGCAAAAAGGAAGGAAAUUCAAGUGAAGAAUAAAAAAGACCCUGAGCAAUGGUUGUGGCAUGGGACCUACCCAGAAACUGUGGACAAAGUGAUUAAUAAUGGAUUUAAUCGAAGCUACUGUGGGCGACAUGGUACGUCAUAUGGAGCUGGUGUCUACUUUGCAGUGAAUGCUUCAUACUCCCUCGGUUAUUGUAGAGCUGACUCUAACGGACACAAACACAUGUUUUCCGUCCAAGUCGCCACUGGUGAUGCUUGUCCUGGAAGUAGUAGCAUGAAUGUACUUCCACCAAAAGGAGGCGCAGGAAGUCAUGUGACUUACGAUUCCGCCUCUGAUAAUCCUAGCAAUCCUGUGAUGUACGUGAUAUUUCAUGACAGUCAAGCUUACCCAGCAUAUCAUAUAAUCUUCAAAUAAUUCAGAAGGCUUUACUUUCUAAUAGGUAUACGGAAAACGCAUAAAGUGCAUGGAUCAUUAUGACAUGUCUAGUGCAAUUAUCAUUGCAGAUUUCACUUAUUAUUAACUAUUUUCAAUAACAUAUACUGUAAUUGAAAUCAUAAUAUAUGAAAAAUGUCAUCAAGUAAAAUGAGUUCUUAGAAAAAUCACUAUGUGCAUUUAAAGCCGCUUGGUCCGAUUCUAAUCGCUAAAAAAUAUAUUCGUUUUUCUUCUUGAAAAAUAAUUGUCCAUAAAUUAUUUUAACUUUUGUCAAAUUAUAUCCCCAAAGUCUUUUUCUUUUUAAAGAUAUCAAAAUUCAAAAGUUUAAAAAAUAAUUUUUGUUAGGUCACACAAUAAAUAAUCCUUUGUUGACAUUGCGUGAAGUCAUCUUCGAAAAAUUAAAUUUAUCGCUUACAUGUAUAACUCGUGAAGAACAAACCCGAGCAUUUUUUCCACAACAAAGUGUACAAAGGCAAUAUUCUAAACCCCCUUUUUUCCUUUAUUCUGUAAAUAUGCAUAUUAAUAUAAAAAUUACUAUGGAUUAUAUUCAAUUAAUUCCUUAAUUUUUAAAAGAUAUAUCAUGACUUGGGAUUCUACUAAUUGAAAAAAAUAAUCGGGUUUGAAUUCUCUUCAUAAUUAGAUAUAUCCGAUAAAAGUAUUUUUUUUCAAAGGUGACUUCAAAACAGAUCUUAACUUCCUGUCAGAAA